UGUCUUUUUCUUCUUGUCCCUUUUUUGACAUGCAGCCUCGAGAAUCGAACACUUCAGUCAAACGUCACCUAACGCAUUCAAGUCCAAUCGCGCUAGCUACCUUAGUCUGACAGCCAGGUCUCCGCCAGCCACCCGCUCCCGAACGCCCCCCAGAAAAACCGGAGCUGCAUGCUGCAGGAGGGCCUGGGGAGGAGGCGAGGCGAGGCGAGGCGCGCUGCAGGAAGCAGCAGCAGCAGUCGCAGCAGACGCGGGAGUGGUUUAGCCAGCCAGAGAUCAAGCAGAUAGUGGAGAGACCUGCUGGGUCUUUUUCUUCUGCAUCGACAAAGGGCGCGCUCUACUCGGUUUGAACUCGGCACAAGAGCGGAGUGAGGCCAGGGAAUCGAAGUUGGUUGUAUGAGCCGAGACCAACUCACCUUGCAGUCGCGCGCUUCGACGCGGCCAUCAUUGGAGGCCAUACCGACAAUAUUUUGACAAUAAAGCGCCAAAAAAAAAAAAAAAAAAAAAAAAAAACGGCAAACAAAACGAAACGACGAGAGAGAAAAAAAGAAAAAAAAAAACCGACAAAACCAGUGAUCCCUGUCGUGUUCCUGGGUAUUCCCCGCCUAUCCUUGCGCUGAGCUGCAUUGCAACUGCGCUGCAACUGCAACUUGGGUUUGCGAACGAAGCGGGCUGCGAACCGGACAGUAAUGCGCGAGGGUGCAUUGGAACUUAUCUGAGAUCGCAUACCACUGAAUCUCUUCUCUUCUCCUCUAUCCCGCACCCUCUUUCUCUCAUCCUAGACACAGGAGAAGUUCAAGCAGGGCUGUUUUGUCUCACUGGUGGACCCCCGGCCUGUCAGCAAAGGAGGAAAAAAAAGUCACCUACCAUCUGCGGCGGCUCCCAUCAUUUGUUGGGCCGCAUCACGCUCGUUUUAUUACGCGCCUUCGUUGACUUUUUUUUCCUAUUUUUAUUCUCAGCUCUUUUUUUGUGCGUACGUGCGUGUCACUCAAAAAAAAAGAAAGGUUUAACGGCUUGAUUCUUCUACCGUUUUUACCAAAAGGUCCGAGGUAUCCUUUGCUUUUGGCUGAAAGGCUACGACGUAGUUUACGUACGUGGUCGACCACUUUUUCGAUUUUUUUUUUGUUCAGGUAGCGCCGGUUGCCGACUCGGCGCUGUCUGUUCCUAGCGCACCAAAAACGCGCUUCCAAAGACAAGCACGACCUUACCAGGGUUGGCGUCAAUCUGCACUCACUUCGACUAUUGGAAGUUUGAGCCAGUUUAAAUCGUCAUUGUUUAAUUGGGAGCUUCAAGACUCUUGUCAUUAUUCUUUUUCUUUCUCCCCUAAAAAAAAGUCCACUGUGGUUCCCGACAGCUUCUCCCGAGAUCUUGUCCCGUGGACCGGGGAAUACUGGGCCCCCACAACAGGUUUCCCGGACGGUCAUCUUGCUUCACCGCUUCUUGGGGGUUUCGGUUUCGCCGCUGCAACUAAUUGCCCUUACUGCUGUUGCCUGUCUGUCCUGUCGCCAAACAACCCAGGAGUUCUGAAACGGGGGAGUUGUCAAGAUAGCGAAAAUCAGUGCUGUUGCUGCAGUAUCUUGACCACCUAGGAGGACCAUCAAAGGAAUUUCAUCUCUUGGCGUCUGUCGUCUCGGCAAGUAGGGUUCUUCCAGACGCAGCCUUUGCCGGCUCAUAUAUGAGAUCAUCCCGGCCAACAGGAUCGACCUGCAUAUACCUGCCUGCGUCGUCAUGCUUGAUUCGAGUUUAAGCCCAGCCACCCUUCCGCCCACCUCCAUCCAGACUUGAGCCUCAAACACCCGGCCGCCCUCUCUUGCAUCUCCACCUCCUCAGGACUCGAGAUUCACUGGACGUCACCAAUUUCAGAGCACCUAGGACCCUAAGGACCCGGCCGCCCGGAACGGCCAACUGCCAUUGGCGUUCAAUUCGGCUCACGUUCUCCACACUGGGGUGGCCUCCUUUCAUUCUCAACUCGAAUUGGCCACCGUUGCACCAAUAAAGGCAGACUUGACCUGCUUGCUUGGCUUACUGCAAGAAAGGAACGUCUGAGUGGGAGCUGACGAAACCCUCGUACGGUUAAUCAAGGCCAAAACUUCAGAUCACACUCAUUUCAAUUCAGCGCCCGUGACCAGGACCGGAAAACAGUCAAGGACGUUCUUUUUCCCAAUUAAUCACAGCCUAAUCUUCUUUGACGACUUCUCAGCAACCUACUGCUAUGAUAUGACUCGGAUCCAGGAGCUGUUCUUUUCUGUUGCUCAUUUUGACCGGGAGUUUGGCGUUUGCGGCGUUUGCGGCGUUUGCGAAUCUGUGGUCCUACCAGUCUGCCUGUCGGCACCCGUGGAAACCUUUGUGCCGUCCAACGCCCGGUCCCCUUGCACUGUCGUUGGUUCUCUACCCGCCGGAAACCUCUCGACAGCUUGGAAAAAAACGACUCGCUAUACUGGCUGGCGCAAGAUCAAAGCACCCCGGAUCUCUCAACGUUUUCACGCAAUUUCAUACCAAAGUAAAGGUCUAAAAAGGACAGAGAGGAAUCGUCGACAGCGGAGAACUCGCCUGCCUGAUGGCGUCUUCCGAAGUGGAUCAAAAGUUUCUCGGCAAGUUUGCCAAGACAGUCGAGCCUGAGAAUCCUCUGCUGGCAUCGAUGCUCUUCAAGAUAUUAGGUCUUUCGAUAAGUCUUUCUCAGCAGCUGGUAAAGGCCCGGAAGCAAAGACGACUUGAAACCUCCCGAGGGACAUCCACGCCUUCAUUAGAUCUCUACUUUCAUAUAAUAUGGCUGUCAAAUCAAGGACUGGUCAUGCUGGAGCAGUACGUCCUGCCUUUGGUAGGGCAUUAUGUCGAGCUGAAGGUGCUCGCGUACAAGCUGCGGGCUUCUUUUUACCACAUCUUUGUUCUAUUCCACAACCAGCCUCCAGUAUCGACCAUGAGUGCCGCCUCGCCUGAGAUCAAGAGUCUAACCAACGAGCAACAUCGUCUCGACAAAGGCAAGGGUCCGGCGAGUAAUGACUACGGCUUUGAAAUCGGGGGCAGGAUCUCUGGGCAAUCGAAUCAUCAAAUAGAAGGAGGACCAGUAGGUGGGACAGUGCGUCCGCCACCUGGGUUUGCGCCUGAAGCACCGGCGUCUUUUCUCCUUCCCGCUGGCAACUUUCUGCCCGUGGCGCACACCUACUUUAAGCAGGCGGUGUCGAUGGCGGAUGAGCUGCUAUGGGGAUCGCACUCGUUGCGGUUAUCAGUAAAGACCGAAUACGCCGCAUUUUUGUACGAAUGCAUGCACGACGGACCGGGCAGCCGGAAGCUGGCCAAGGACACCAUCACGGAGGUGUACGAGGCAUCAGAGGGCAUUGACAACGAUAUGUUCAACGACGCUUGCGAGUUGGUGACUGUGCUGGGACGUAUGAUGAAACGUGGUUUAUCAUCGUCCAAGGAUGCGUUGUCAAGUCCAAAUGAGGAAUCCAACAAAAUGCCAGAUGGCGCCUUUUCGUCACAUAAACAACAAGCCUCGCAGGACUCUGAAGGCUCGGGGAAGGCGUCAUCACUUACUAUGCCGGCUCCGCUACGUGUCUCCUUAGCAUCGAAACCACCUCCCAUGCCGCCAGCUACCGCAGCGACCUCAAUCCCUCCGCAAAACGCCGGCAUCCCCCCAGGCUUUAUAUGAUCCACGACUGAGCUCCUUCUAGAGGCGCCAUUGGACUCGAAAUUCCACCAGAUUAUCAUUCUCUUAGGCCAGCUUUUUUUUUUUUUUAAUUUUGUUUCUUUUUUCUUUUUUUCUUCUUUCACACUCCCACAAUGUUGUACAUAAUGUCUUGUAUAUGAAAUAUGACCCCCAGUAUGGCUCAGCAGGGCCACAUAUAAUCGAAGCGAGUUUUUACGCGACCAGACGGAGGGGGUUUGUCGAAAGCAUUUGGGUGGGCUGCAUAUUCUAGCCAGCGUGAUUUUCUUUCUUCACUUCUUCUUUCUCAUUUUUCCAUUUGCAUAUUUUUUGUUUUUUUUUCUUUGUCCAUUCAUUGUUUAUUCGUUUUGUGUGUAUGUUGUUUUCUUGUACAAUACCCUGACUCCAAGCCUGCCAGGCUAAAUGAGCACGCCUCUUGAUAUUAACAAUUAAUGUCGUUCGGAUGGG